AUGACUGACGUAAAGUUAAGGUCCUCUAAUAAUCGCUCAAGAACAAGUAGUGUUAAUGGCUCAAGAACAAAUAGUGUUAAUGCAUCUACCGAUGCCAAUUUAAAACAAUCCGAAAAAACUCCUUGUAAAGAUACUAAUAGUCUAGAAAUCGCGAAAAGUUUAAAAUUACUUUCCGCGAAAAUUGUGUCAAUGGAGAAACAAUUAAAUGAAAAUUCAAAUCAAUUUUCCAUAAAUAUUAAAAACCUUGAUGAAAGUGCUUCACUCUUUCAGGACAAAAGUUAUUGGCAAAUUAAGAUUAACUCUCACUUAAGAUUGGCCAAAAAGUAUUGUGAAUAUAUUCAUCUUAGUUACUCUUCGGCUGUGAAGCAUGACAUUGAAUCAAGAUGUUGGAAAAUUUCGUUUUACUCGUUAAUUGAACAAUUUCGUCAAGCAAUUUCUUUGGAACGACGUCAAUCUUCAAAUAAACCAUCAUCAUCGUCGUCUACUGUUAUUUUAAGUCAAUUCAACAUCUUUUUAGAUGAAGUUGAAAUGUUUUAUAAAAAGUUAAUAAAACUGAUUUCUGAAAAUUCGAAGCUUAGUAGUAAGCAUUUGGAGAGCAAUAAACCUCCAAG